AUGUUAUCAAUUUAUUUUCUAAUGCUCGAAAUUUGCCAGAUUAUCCUUGGAUACCUUGAUGUCGACUCUCUACUCUCUGCCAUUCGCAGCUGUCGGCCAUUCUGUCUGGCUUACGAGGGGUAUGAGGCAUCUGUGUUGAGAUCAUGUCUGUAUACUACCAUCACGCCCGAGAUACUACCAUAUGCCAUACUCACCCUAGAUACCGCAAAAUCCCCGCACGGGGAUGUGAUUGAAUACCACAAGCUAAUUAGAAAGCGACUGGGGAAUCCCACGGAGACGCUCCGCAAAUGGAGUUGGGAACUAUGUGAAAUGAAGGAAUUACUCUUCGUCCACAGACAUCUCUCCUUUUUCAUAGACGAUUACAGCAAGAAGGCGCUGGAAGAGUUCCACAACUCGUUCGGAGGGACAGAGGUUUGCGUUCCCUUAUCACGAACUGAAUGGGUCCGCAUAGCCCGAUCCUUCUACGCUCAUCUGGUUAUACGGCAAGCAUGCCUGAAUUGCUUUGUUAGGCUGAAGCCCUAUGAGUAUUACAGUGGAAGCUGUACUUUCGAUUCCCUGGUGACGUCUGUGGCUGAGAAGCUAUCGUUAAACUGCAUUGACCUGGAGCAGCUCUACAUCGUGAGCGCUUAUUUUGGUGACAUCAAAUGUAAGUUGCGCACUCCUAGCGGUAUCGGCUUGGACUCUAAAUGGUUGUUAGUUACUAAGGGUCCGAUUCGAAAAUUCUCCCACCUUUGA